GGCCAUGAGAUCCCCAUGACCAUCCCUGAGUUUUUUCAGGAGUCAGUAAACCGAUUUGGGAUUUAUCCAGCCCUCGCAUCAAAGAAGGAUGGAAAGUGGGAAAUUCUGAGUUUCAAUCAGUACUAUGAGGCUUCUCGGAAGGCUGCGAAAGCCAUGAUCAAGCUGGGCUUGGAGCCUUUCCACUCAGUCGGCAUCCUUGGGUUUAACUCCGUCGAGUGGUUUAUUGCUGCUCUUGGUGCCAUCUUAGCGGGGGGCCUUUGUGUUGGUAUUUAUGCCACCAACUCUGCGGACGCUUGUCAGUAUGCCAUUGCUCACUCCAAAGUGAACAUCCUGGUGGUUGAGAAUGAGCUACAGUUGCAGAAAAUCUUUUCGAUUCCGAAGAACAGGAUACAGACCCUAAAAGCAAUCAUCCAGUACAGACUGCCGGUGAAGGAGACCAAAAAUUACGACCUGUACUCUUGGGACGAUUUCAUGGAACUUGGCAACAGCAUCCCUGAUUCCCAGCUGGACCAGAUCAUAGGGAGCCAGAAGGCCAACCAGUGUGCUGUGAUCAUCUACACUUCCGGGACCACGGGCCACCCCAAGGGAGCGAUGCUGAGCCACGACAACAUCACAUGGAUGGCAGGGGCGGCGGCGAAGGAGUGCAACCUGUCUUUAGCUCCCAAAAAGCAGGAGGUGGUGGUCAGCUACCUUCCGCUCAGCCACAUUGCAGCUCAGAUGAUGGAUGUCUGGAUACCCAUGAAGGUCGGGGCUUCCAUCUACUUUGCUCAACCAGACGCACUCAAGGGCACCUUGGUCAACACUCUGCAGGAGGUAAAGCCUACUGCCUUCAUGGGGGUGCCCCGAAUUUGGGAGAAGAUGCAUGAGAAGAUAAAGGAAGCUGCUUCCAAAUCUUCAAGCUUGAGGAAAAAGGUGUUUUCAUGGGCAAGAAAUGUUGGUUUAAAGAUCAACACAAAAAGGAUGCUGGGGGCUCAUGACACGCCCAUGAGCUACCGCAUGGCCAAGGCCCUCGUGUUCAGCAAAGUCAAGAGCAGCCUGGGCCUGGAUCACUGCCACAUUUUUAUCAGUGGGGCCGCGCCCCUCAACCAAGAGACAUCGGAGUUCUUUCUGAGCCUGGACAUACCGAUAGGCGAGGUGUAUGGCUUGAGCGAAAGCACAGGGCCCCACUCCAUGUCCACCCCGGAGAACUACAGGAUUCUCAGUUCCGGCAAAGUCAUGACUGGGUGUAAGAACAUGCUGUACCAGCAGAACAAGGAAGGCAUUGGGGAAGUCUGCCUCUGGGGCCGGCACGUCUUCAUGGGCUACCUGGGAAGUGAGGAUGCGACCUCAGAGGCCAUCGACAAGGAGGGCUGGCUACACUCCGGGGACUUGGGCCGCGUGGACAACAAGGGUUUCCUCUACAUCACGGGCCGCAUCAAAGAAAUUAUCAUCACUGCCGGCGGCGAGAACGUGGCCCCCAUCCCCAUCGAGAACCUAGUUAAGGAGAAGCUCCCCAUCAUCAGUAACGCCAUGCUGGUGGGAGACAAAGCCAAGUUCCUGAGCAUCCUGCUGACGCUGAAGUGUGAAGUCGACAAGACAAGCGGGGAGCCGCUGGACAACCUGACCUGGGAGGCCAUCAAGUUCUGCCGGGACGUGGGCAGCCAGGCGAGCACCGUGACCGAGAUCGUGGAGCUGCGAGACCCCCUGGUCUACAUGGCCAUCCAGAAAGGCAUAAACGCUGUGAAUCAGCAAGCCAUCUCCAACGCACAAAAGAUCCAGAAGUGGGUCAUCCUGGAGAAGGACUUUUCCAUCGGUGGAGGAGAGCUAGGUCCCACGACAAAGAUGAAAAGACACUUCAUAAUCCAGAAAUAUAAAAGGCAGAUCGAAAACCUCUACCACUGACUUCUUUGGCAAAGCUGCUCCGGGCUGCCCCGAUGGUAAGACUGGCCUUGCUGGGCUGUGCCUCAAACAGGUCCAGCAGAGGGGGCCCCCUGAGUGGCAGGCGGGUCUGCGAGGCCACGUGCACACGCGUUCGGCUGCUGUGGGUUCUGGAUAGUGUCUGCCCUCCACUCGCACUCUGCCAGGGCUGGCAGGGCACACGGACUCCUUCCUGGCUGGCUGCCAACACUGCUGGCUGCGUUUUCACUCAUCUCACAGAGGGAGCAGGGCCAUCUUCCCACCUAGGACCAGAGCUGUUGUUUCUGUUUUUCUGUCAAAUGCCCCAAUGUUUCCUUGCGGCUUAUUUGGCGAAGGCCUUCAGUCAGAAACUUUGGUGGGGGAAGAUCCACCUGCUGGGAACCAAGGAAUGAGGUGUGUCAGCCCAUCCCAGGGGGUGACGGAUGGAGGCCUGAGCUCCUUCCACCCCUCCUUGUGCUUCCCCCAAAAUCUGGGUCACAGAGAGCCCACGUGAUGCCAGGAGUCACUGAUAGGAUCGU